AUGGCUUGUCGAUUCGGAUCUCCCGAUCUUGUUACGUCGCUGUCUGGCGUGGCUGCUUUACCCACCUUCGCUUUCGACGUGGCGAACAGCAACUAUCUGGGCAUUGUUGGAAGCUUCACGUCCAACAAUGGUGCAGCCUGCUCCUUCCCCACGCGCUAUGUUACACAACAGCGGACCUCUACGUACGCCAUCACGCCCGUCAUUGUCACUGUAGGGCGUACGACGACUUGUUCGAUCCUAGCACCCUCUUCGAUAACACCCAGCGCGAGUGGCUCCACCACGUACUCUGGGUUCGAGUGUCCCAGCAUCACGGACAACCAGUUUGCGCCUGGCACGUACACAUUGAGGUUCGAUCAACCGAACGUAGCCGACUCUCCGACUAUCUCAUCUCGCACAUUUAUCGUUGCUUUGCCCACUUUUAGUACUGAUCGUAUGACUACGACGGUGUUUUCAACCGCCACUGCUCCGAUUACGACCACCCCCAUCAUAACCUCUGCCAGCACCUCUACUGUGACCAUCACUGGUCCAUUACGUGCUGACCAGACCGUCACGCAGAUAGUCGCCAGCCCUGCGACCGCUACCAUAACUUUGACAAAUAUCAUCAGAUUUUGCGCUGCCACAGCCGAAACAUCGAGCACCUCGAGUGCUUCCUCUCGUUAUUCUUCCCCCGUUAGCUCUCCCACUGACACCAUACCUGUGUCCAACAACGGCGAGUGUGGCUCGGCAUCUGGUCAGACUUGUUUCGGUUCUACCUUCGGCUCCUGCUGCUCUUUAUAUGGGUACUGCGGAAGCAGUGAGGUCUACUGUCUGAAUACAGAGGGUUGUCAAUCUGGCUUUGGCGAGUGCACUACAUCUUCUUCCGUAUCGAGCAGCUCGCCUCCUACACCUACGUCCACGGAAAAGGUCUCACUUGACGGCACUUGUGGUGGCGAUAAUGACUAUGUAUGCCCUGAAAGCGGUCUAGGGGACUGUUGCUCUCCAUAUGGGUGGUGUGGCUCAAGUGAAUCUCACUGUGGCGCGGGCUGCCAGAACGCAUUUGGUAUCUGCUCGAAUCCUACGCCUAUUGGCACCGCUCCAUUGCCCACAUCUACCCUGAGAGUAUCUCUCGAUGGAGCUUGUGGCGGUACCACAGGUCAAACAUGCUCGGGCAGUACCUUCGGCACUUGCUGCUCUGAAUACGGAUACUGCGGCAGCACCGACAUCUACUGCACAGGUGCAUGUCAGCCCACGUUUGGCACCUGUAACAAUACCCCGGCGAAGCGGUCAGCGCCCAAAGGCAAUCUUCGUGCGGCAUCUUAUGCAGCGGUAAAGCGCUCGGCAGGCCAGAUGCAGGAGAAACGUGCGAUUGGCGGUGCUGGUCCGGACUACACGUACCCGCCUAUUCUGCGAACAACAGUUACUUCGACUUUCACACAGGGUAUCAUAAUUGUUCCCACGGGUGGAGAAGGCGCAACCACUAUCGUCACUAUCGUGGCAACCACGACAGUCUUGCCGCCGCCUGCAAGUACUGCGACCGUCAUCGUUACGUCCUUGGUUCCCAUACAGACAGAGACAGUUCGCUCGACCCAGACUGUUUGUGCCACUUCGACAUAA